GAGAGAAAAGAUAGGAAAGCUCUCUCCCUUCUUUUAAUUUUUUUUCUUCCUUUUAUGCUUUGGCCUGUUCAUCGCAUCAUUAACAACAAAGGUCAUAGACACAUCGCUUCAAAAUUUGAUUUUUUUUUUCUCUGCAAAUUCCAACUACCCAAUACAGACUGUGAGAGCAGAGACCAAAUUUAGUGGGUUUUUGUGCUUCAGAUCUUGUUCUUGAUGACGAAACACUAUGAAAUCUGAGAUGGGUUUUCUUGUUAUGUUCAGUUGAAAAGCAAUAAAGACGCGAUACGUUUGGAUUUCCGUAUCAGAUUCGGCUUCUCUGAUCUGGGUUUUUUUUCUGUGUUCCUCUACUUCUUCAGCAUUUGGGUGGUUUUGGUGGAAUGAGAUCAAGAAUCCAAGCAUUCUUGCUGGUUUGUGCUUGUUCAUCCGAUUUUAGUUCUCGUUUUGUUUUCUGAUCUAUAUUUCUUCUUCUUCUCGAUUUCCUUGGUUUCUAAGAGUGAAGAAAUCGAUGGAGGAAUAUCAAGAGUUGAAGCAUGUAUGCAAGUUCUGUAGAAAGAGCUUUCCCUGCGGCAGGUCCUUGGGAGGUCACAUGAGGUCACAUGUUACCAUGAAUUCAGCUGAUACAGACGAGAAGCUCAGCAAGAGGAACUCUGCUUCAGCUUCGGCUAAUGGUGGAAGCAAAAAUAGUAACAGCUUUGUGGGCUUCGAAGCUGGUGUUCAUGCUGGUUAUGGUCUCAGAGAGAACCCCAAGAAGACUUGGAGACUUUCGGAUCCGAACGAUGACAUGAUUCGGCAAGACAAAACUUGUAAAGAAUGUGGUAAAGAAUUUCAGUCAUGGAAAGCUCUGUUUGGUCAUAUGAGAUGCCACUCUGAGAAGGAGAAAGAAAGGGUCUCCAACAACAGCUUGGAAGAUGAUUCAUGGACUGGUGAGAACCAGAAAUUGGUCAUGGACAGCCAAUCUGACAACGAAGGUGCUGCUCCCAGGCGUAGGAGAAGAUCGAGAAGAAUGAGGAACAAGACUGCUACAGCUUCAUCUUCUUUCUGUGUCACAAAUGCUACUUCUGUUUUGGAAAUUGAACAAGAACAAGAAGAGGUAGCCAUGUGUUUGAUGAUGUUAUCGAGGGAUGUGGGUCAAUGGGGUGGAUUGGAUUUUGUUGCAGAGUCAUCCGAUACCAAUUCUGUGGUUUUAGAAGCUCGAACUAGAUCGUCAGCUCUGUAUAAGCGAAUUCCUGGAAAAGGAGGUAGAGAUUUAGCUUGUGAUGAUGGGGAUGAAACUCUCCAGAGUCUGAAGAUGAAGAAACCAAGAGACAAGAAGCUAGAAUCCGUAAUUUCUAAUUCUGGGUUCUUUAGGGGUGGCCUCAAGAAGGUUGAAUCCGAAGUUUCUGUUGAUGGGCUUCUCAGAAAUGAUGAAGUUGAAGCUGAAUUGGGGAAGGAUUUUUCCAGUAACAGGAAGAACUACCGUAAGAAGAGUAAAUUGGACUAUUCUGAAGCUGAAUUGGGAAAAGAUUGCAUUGAGGAAUCUGGAAUGGAUCGAACUGAUUCAGAGCUUGGGAAGUAUACUUCAAGCAAGAGAAGCAAAAAUGAAGUUUACUAUACUGAAUUUGGGGGAGAUUCCAGCAAGAAAAUGAGGUAUGAUACUUCACAUUCUGAAAUCUGUAGGGAAACUCAAAGGAGAAGCAGGUUUCAGUGUACUACUUGCAACAAGACUUUCCAUUCUUACCAGGCUCUUGGAGGACACAGAGCCAGCCACAAGAAGGUCAAAGGCUGCUUCACUUCAAGGAUUGAAAGCAGUGAAAACAGCAUUGAAACAGAUGUUUCUCCUGAUCCAACAGCUGAUAGUAAGCUUAAUAAGACUUGCAGCAAUGAGACUCCAAUUGAGGAGCAAGAGCAAGAUGGAGUUGCCAUUGCAGAGACAAGUAAUGGAUCAAAGAAGAGCAAGGGGCAUGAGUGUCCCAUUUGCUUCAAGGUUUUUGCAUCAGGUCAAGCCUUGGGUGGCCACAAGAGAUCCCAUUUAUUAGGUGGCUCUGAAUCUGGAGUCAAUCAGACCAUUGUAAUUCAGAAACAGCUUCCUGAGGUUCGAGAUUUGCUCGAUCUUAACCUCCCUGCUCCUAUCGAAGAAGAAACCAGUGGACACAUGAACUUCAAUCCAUGGUGGGUCAGAAACAACUCAAAGCAUGAACCUCUGGUGGGUCUAAUCUCUAACUGAAAAACCUGAUAAUGGGCUAUUUGUUCCUAUGAAGAUCCAAGAGUGUACAGACUUGUUGGUGGAUAUUAUUUCAUUAAUUCUUUAGAGAUUCAAGAACAUUCUCUACAAAGGUAACAGUUCCAUUUUCUGCUUAAAAAUUUCUAAGUUGCAGUUUUCCUUAGUCCAGCUCUUAAAGAUUUCUUUUUCUCCUCCCUUCCAGUCUUAAUAAAUUUCUAUUGUUGCACAUUUCAGGAUUAUCAAUAACUGUUCAUUUGAAAUUUAAAUACUAUAAUUCAAUUUUAUGUUUCUUCUUACAAUGUA